AUGCCGACUCGCGUGCCGCGUGAUGGGGCCAAGGAUGUGUGGUGCUCAACUGAGAUCAAUUCUCAAGGGACGAGAAGAAAUGAUCCAUCCAUGAUCCAAAAGGACCCAUAUCCGGUACACCCUACCCUGGCCCGGACCCUCUGCUAG